AAUUAAGCUGUUGUUGGACAUUACUAUAUAAGGAUCUUAUCCUGAUGACAAGCCUUCUAAUAGAGGCUGAUGACCUGCCCCACCACUCGGAAUACCGCAGUCCCUUCAACAGAUAUCUAUUCACCAAUAGAUUUCGCCGCCGGUUCCGCGUCCGUAUCGGAAUUUGACUAAUCACACCAUGCUGGGUCGCAGUCCGCAAUGACUUCCUUGUCCCCUUUUGCUUAGUCGGGGAGAGCUGCGGUCGCAGCACCAGCGAAAGCGCAAACGCUUAAUAUGCGCCACCCUUAACACAGAGCGCUAUCCACUGAUACGGAGUGACCUCCUCUACUGGCGACAUCACAUCAGGACUAGCUACGGUGACUACCAAGACAGCAAUGAGAAACGCUCUCCUCGUGAUUUCCUCACUGUGCUAUUCUGUUUUUUCACUACCACUCGUUCAACUAGCUCAAGGCCUUGUCACAGGUCUUAGUGCGCCCCAAUUCGAUCAGGAUUAUUUUCUAUGCUCAGCCUCCAUGGGCAAAUUGAGGUUUGCAAAGCCCCGACCACUGAAACCGAAUCCGAGUCACAAGGUGGACGCCACCAAGUACGGAAAAGCAUGUUUUCAACCGCUUGAUUUCGCCCCGGGCUUGACAGUCUCCGAUUUGUCAGAAGAUUGCCUUUCUAUCAAUGUCUUCCGACCCUCGAACUUGCCCCAUGGUGCAAAACUCCCUGUGAUGGUUUGGAUCUAUGGAGGGAGUUUUCUUUACGGUGCGUCGCAACUAUAUAACGGCUCGGCGAUCGUUGGGCAAAGCGUGGUGCUGAACGAAUCUAUCAUCUACGUCUCCUUCAAUUAUCGUCUAAAUGCCUUUGGUUUCCUUGGAGCCCCUGAACUGGCACAUGAUUCUGCCAUCGGAACGCUCAAUGCUGGCUUAUACGAUAUGAUCAGUGCACUGAAAUGGGUGCAAGAGAAUAUCGAAGCUUUUGGAGGAAACAAGGAUCGAGUGACUGUAUUUGGUGAAUCGGCAGGCGCGAUCGGGAUUGGGUCUCUCCUUGUUGCUGGAGGCGGACAAUUUGUGAAACAGCACAAUCUAUUUCAUGGUGCCAUCAUGGAGAGCGGAGCUCCAGCAAGUCUCGCCAUUCCCACUGUAUCCGAUCUCUUACCCUCGACAGAUAUCUUUGCCGCAGUAGCAGGCUGUCCCCCAGGCUCCAAUUCCUCGAUCAUAUCAUGCCUUCGUUCGAAACCUUCUGAAUCACUUUACCAAGCAUCACUCGUGACAUUAAAUGCGAGCGACGCGCUCCCUUUCAACCGAGUUGUGGAUGGGUUCUUUUUCCAGAAGGGGGAACGUGCGGCAGAAGAGGUGAGAAGGGGUAACGUGGCAACUGUGCCUAUCAUCACGGGAUGCAAUCUCGACGAAGGAACGUUCUUCGUACCCCACACAUUCAAUACUACAGAAGAAGUUGGGGAUUUUCUCAUAGGUUUGUUUUCCUUGACCUUCGUAGGGAGAAGUGCCGCGUCAUCUUUAUAUGCAGAAAAAUUACCACUGCUGUUAAAUAUUUUUGUCUUGUGGGUACAGGAUCGACUUACGUUGGAAAUCUCAGCGUAGCAACGCCAGAGCAAAGAAAGCUUUUCAAGAUCCUUCUGGAGUUGUACCCUGAUGUCCCUGCGAUUGGAAGCCCCUAUGAUCCGGUCGGGGUGAGUAAGGACGACCGGUUCUUUGGGCCGAAUAAUCAAUUCAAGAGAGCUGCGAGUUUACUUGGGGAUUUUAUCUUCCAUGGUGCUUAAUCGAUGGAUGCUGAUUUUUUUUUUGUCCAUUGUGGGAAACAUCAUCAGGAAACUCGGAG